AUGGGAAUUUCAAAGAUAUCAGAUCCCAAAAGCUGGGAGAGCGGCGUAAUACGAUCGCCGCGUCCGGUCUUUGUAGACUUUUGGGCUGAGUGGUGCGGACCGUGCAGGAUGGUGAGCCCUGUGGUUGAGGAGCUUGCACAGGAGUACGACGGCACCGUGGACUUUGUCAAGGUAAACGUCGACGAUGCAGGCGAGCUGGCCUCACAGUACAACGUAUUUAGCAUACCCACUCUGGCACUGUUCAAAGACGGCAAAAUGAUCAGCCAGCAGGUAGGCGCCGCAUCAAAAGAGUCCUACAAGAAGAUGAUCGACCGCGCCCUUGCCACAUAA